CAACUCGACGCGGACUCACUGUGCAUCACCCUGUGGAGUAAACGGUGCCGGAGUUUAGCCAUCGAUAUAACCCAGGCGAACGACAAGUGCUAUCGACUCUUCACUAUCUCACCGUAAUCGGAAAUGAGUCACCUUCUCCCUGAGCGAUAAGUGCAGACAGUCAGCGGACCGCGAUUGCAGUUAAUAUGGAAUCGGAAGGCUCAAGCUAACGGUGUACGCGAACAGUUUAGUGUCGUACAGCUCCAACUUUAUCGUCAGACAGAAACAUGGCACAGCUACCAGUCUAUAAUCCGCCGUCGCCCUUUUUAGGUCAUCUGCCAACGGGGCUGGGACUAUAUCGGAAGAUUACCAUCCGCGGACGAAUGACCCACGAUAUGUUCAAUAUUAAUCUUCAGUCUGGACCGAACGUAGACCCACGGGAUGAUGCCGCACUGCACAUCAGUAUUCGGCCACGCGAGGGGCUAAUCGUGCGGAACACCUAUCAGUACCGUAGCUGGGGUGUGGAGGAACGAUUCGGUGGUUGUCCUGUGCAGAAACGCUCAUAUUUCGACAUCAGCAUUACAGUGAAGCCAGACAGUUACGGUAUCGCCGUGAAUGGGUGCCAUUUCUGUGACUUUAACCAUCGCCUACCGUUCGCCUCAGUCCGAUUCAUACACACGGGAACCGGUGCUCAAGUGGAUGCGAUAAUUACGGAGUAGGGCGAACGCUGAUGACUGAUUGAUAAGAAAGAGGGAGAUUUCCUAUUUUUAUAUUAUCA